UUGAGGUGCAGAAGCUUGGAAGCCGUUUCCUCUCUAUUUAGCUCACACAUUCAAAAGCUCAUUCAAGCACAACGCCGAACGGUGUCGAUCGGCUGUCACACAAAUUUUUCAACUCCUGGUACUCGUGUUUACGGAGCAAAGUGGUCUCUUCCUGGCAUCGCCUUUGUUCGAGCUAAACCAUCGCUCCCACUGUAGCAGUCAAAACCAUAGCUUGCUAGGCUGUCGUGCUUCCGUAUAAGUGCGGAAGGCCAACAACAGAGCGUUUCAGAAGUCUCAUAGAUCACAGAGAGCGAGCACUACACAAAAUUUGCCACGGCUGGAACCACGGCUUAAGAAGAGCGCUGUUUUCAUCGCCUCAAACAAAUCUUUCCAAUCUCCUCCUCCCAUCCCAUCAGAAGGAUCACAAUGUCCUCUUCUUCCAUAAUAGCGGCCACCUCGACCGAUUCCACCUCCUCUUCUUCUUCCUCUAGUACGCGAUCUUCUCCGAAGAAAGUAACCAUUGCCAUGAGCAGUACCGGUAGCCAGAGCGACGAUAAUGUCACGGUGGUAACCAAUGGCAAGCCACCAUCGGAAACCGAAAUCACGGCGACCGAAUUGGACAUGAUGGAAUCGGGCACCAAGCGACCGAAGGUGCAUGGAAUCACCAGCGACUUGCCUCGGUUGGUCCUUCGCAAUCGUCCCUUUCAUCAGUCCUCCAACAAGGUGCACAUUCAGCACAACAAGCAGGGAUUCAAGAUCCUCAAGUUGCUCAAGAGUGAUUGGUUCCACGCUAUCUUGCGAUGGCCCACAUCCCGUUUGCUGCUCAUGCUCAUGAGCAUUUGGACCGGAGCCAUCUUGUUCUUUGCUGGAGUCUACGUCUGGUACGACAACUUGGAUACCACCAUUAGCUGUGGGCUUGGCGCGGUUGAUGAACCCGUGACAUUCGCAGCUUCCUUUGCCUUUUCUCUCGAGACUUGCACUACUGUUGGAUACGGCUUGCCACAUGGAAUCAACUCUUUCUUUGAGGAGGGAUGUUCCAGUCUACAAAUCAUCAUCUACUUCCAGAUGGCUUGGUCUAUGAUCUUCAACGCAUUUCUCCUCACGUUUCUCUACAACCGAUUGGCGCGAAGUAGCCUGCGAGGAGCCCAAGUUAUUUGCUCUCAAAAAGCUCUGGUCAGUGUGGUGAAUGGUCAAGUCCGCUUUCAAAUCCGUCUCUUUGACGCGGACGCCGAGCAUCCCGUCGUGGAAGCCCAUGUUCGUCUCUAUGCCGUCAUGAAGCAUCGACCCGUACCGCGGCCACUCCGCAUGUUGCAACCGGAUGACGACCUGGGAGGCAUGCUCUUUUUGUCAUUUCCCACCGUCAUUAGCCACCAUGUAGACUUGUACAGUCUCCUCCACCCUCCCACGGCAGCGAUGAAUAUGAAUCCUGCUGGUUUGGUAUUGCGACAAGCCGAUGGAGACACUGCAGGAAGAGACGAUGUGAUCUGUCCUGUGUGCGGCGAGUCAUACGGGACGUUGCAUCGAUGGAAGAACCACGUUCGAUUCCAGCAGAUUGUGGAAGCAAAGGACGAGUACCCUAUCAGCGGAACACACCUGUCCUUGGACAUGGAGCAGAUUGAAAAUCAAGCGGGUCUCAAGUCUACUCGAGAUCUCGUGGAGCUCAAGGACUACUUUGAGAACAACGUCUCCGAGGUCAUUUGCGUUGUCGAAGGCAUUGAUCCGCUGCAAUCAGGAACCUUCCAGUCCUUGCAAUCCUACCGAUUCGAAGACCUUGUCUGGGAGGCCAAUUCACAAUUCGCCCCCUGUCUUGAAGUGAUUGAAGGAAAUCGAAGACAACCCCGCAGCUUCCAAGUUGACCUGGAUCGCUACCACGACAUUGUGCUGGACCCUGAACUUGUCGAGGCAGAAAAGGCUGCUGUAAACGCUGAGAAAACGGGCCCAAAGAAGAAGCACCGUCGUAUCAAGUCUUCCUCUCGGCGCUACGGAGAUGCCUUGUUCUCUUCGGCGGUUCAGUCUUCUCAUGUGCUUCCUCAUGACAACGUUUGAAUGAGCGCACUGCACACGUGCACUUCUGAUUGACUUCCGUGGUGCAAGCACCAGCCUCGCCACCCCCCUUCCGAGAACCAAUUAUCCUCCGAGGAGUCAAAUCCUCUUGUAAGUAAGUACGUGUCGACGGACGAUUACUUCCGAUGUCCGUCUUUGAACAAAUCAGCUUCCAGCUGUGAACCGAUAGACUUUGUCCGGUAUCAAACACAAAAGAAAGUCAUUGAAAACAAUACUAUAGCAUAACGAAUAAUACAGCCAUACAUUCUAGGAUCAGUAUACGACUAUAAGGCAGA